GCCGCGUACAGGGCUUGUUAGUCGUGCAACAAUCGCCUGGAGAAGCGGAAUAGAUUUCCGUCAUCACCGUUCCUCUGAACUAAAACAUGUUUACUCCGGAUAGAUGAUUACUUCGCUUGAUUCAUCUUUUAUGAUCCCAUGAUGCAUCCACAACGAGGACAGGAAUACAUAUGGAUUAYAUUCGCAGUGUUUCUUUGUCUGUGCGGCUGCUCUUUCUCGCAAUUGUCCUAUUCAAUAUCGGAGGAGACGAACAAAGGCACGGUUGUGGGGAACAUCGCUAAGGAUUUAAACCUGAAUMUUCAGAGCCUGGAGGACAGGGGACUUCAUGUUGUUUCGAGUUACAGUAAGAAAUACGUUGACGUUGAUUUGCGAACCGGAAACCUCUUUGUCAACGAGAGAAUAGACAGAGAGGAACUUUGUCCGAAUCUUAUCAAAUGCUCGCUAAAAAUACAAGCGGUUUUAAGUCACCCGAUGACUGCACAUCGCAUAGAGCUUAAUAUAGUAGACAUAAAUGAUAAUUCUCCCGCAUUUGUCGAGGGCAAACAUUCCCUAAAUAUUUCUGAAUCAUCACUAACGGGAGAGCGGUAUCCCCUCCCCGUGGCUGUGGAUGCAGACAUGGGGAGCAACGCCGUGAAAAGCUAUAAGCUGAGUCAGAAUGAACAUUUCUCUCUAGACGUUCAGAGCGGCGGAGAACAUGGCGUGUCGGCUGAAUUGGUAUUGCAGAAAGCUUUAGACAGGGAGACGCGUUCGGUCAYGACACUUCUGUUAACGGCCAUCGAUGGAGGCAAGCCUCCCAAAUCAGGGUCAAUAAACAUACAUGUUUAUAUUAUAGAUGCAAAUGACAAUAUACCAAGUUUCAGUCAAUCACUUUACAAAGUAAGUGUGAAGGAAAACGCCCCCCUUGGGWCACCUGUAAUAAAAUUAAAUGCGACAGACAUGGACGAAGGCAUAAACAGUAAGAUUUUGUACUCAUUUAUUAAAAGGGGAAAUACUGACCCGACAAAUAUGUUUGACUUACAUUCAGAAACCGGACAAAUAACUUUGAAAGGGAAUCUAGAUUAUGAAGAAACGCGCGCUUAUGAAAUUCGAGUCCAAGCAAAAGAUCAGGGAGCUUCACCUCGAAGUGCAUAUGCAAAAUUAUUAAUAAAUGUGAUUGACGUGAAUGACAACGUGCCAGAAAUAUCAGUCACAUCUUUAAUGACACCAGUGAAAGAAGAUGCACAAUUGGGGACCAUUGUUGCUUUAGUUACAGUGAGUGAUAAAGAUGGAGGGAGUAAUGGUGUAACUAAAUGUAACAUUAUCGGAUCUGGUCCCUUUAAACUGAARUCUAACUACAAUAACGACUAUUCUUUAGUUGUUGAUGGGCAACUGGACAGAGAAAACAUUUCUGUUCAUAACAUUACAAUAAUGGCUACAGAUGAGGGGAACCCUCCUCUGUCCUGCAUCAGUGUGAUCAUUGUGCAGGUGGCAGAUGUAAAUGACAACAAGCCUCAUUUUGUAGAACCAGUCAUAUACAUUUAUGUCAAAGAAAACAGACCAUUGAAUUCAAAAAUUUACACUGUACGUGCCUUCGAUCCAGACAAAGAUGAAAAUGCAAAAAUUAGUUACAAACUGUUAGAUAGUUCCUUUGAAAAUAUUCCAAUAUCAUCUGUUUUCAACAUUAACUCAGACACCGGAGAUAUAAUUAAUCUGAAGUCUUUUAACUACGAAGAGUUGAAAACAUUUCAAUUUAAAGUUCAGGCGACAGAUGCUGGUGUUCCUCCACUAAGCGGMAAUGUGACUGUCAAUGUUUUAGUCCUGGAUGAAAAUGAUAAUAAUCCAACGAUUUUAGCUCCUUAYUCUGAGCAUGGCUCUGUUAACAGUGAGACCAUCCCUUAUUCUAUAAUUGGUAUAAUCGGGUCUGCUUUGUUUCCACAUUAA